AUGGCUUGGCUAAUAGGUCUGGUGAGUUUCCUGCUGGCGGCGCUGCUGGGGCUGGCGGCCGCUGAAGAACCCACCACCAGGUCUCCUGGGGCCUUCGACCCCUCUAGCAGCAUCAGCAGCAUCACCAGUAGCAUCGCCAACAGCAUCAACAACCCGCUGAAUGGCAUCACCCUCCCGGACAACGCUCUCAGCAUCGGCUUCCAGUCUAUUGGCGUUUUUCUCCUCCUGGCGGGUCUGGUGGCUAUCGUCGCCUACGUGGCGCUGGGGCUCGACAAGUCCGGGGUCGAGGAUUAUUCGUACACAGCUCCUACAGGAUACGCAGCCUCCAGCUACGGCUACGGUCCCUCUGCCAGCAGGUAUGCUGCCCCAGCCUCCGGGUACGUCCAAGAGGACAGCUACAACAUCCACCGGAACAUCGAAACCGCGGCAUCUAAGUACCAGUGACCGGGACGAGACGAGGACUGAGUGUCUCAAGGAUGGGGGGGAAGGACCCAAGACCACAGGGCACCUGGAGCUGUAUUAUCUCCCCACACACCUCCCAGACUACACUACAACUACGGCAUGAAGCAUUCUGCCUGAUGCCAGGACUCCUUGUCCUCAUACCCCCAUGCUGAAGCAACCUGUCUUCCUACAAAGAACGAAGCAUUUCUCUCGAGUAGCGAAAGUGACAUACUGGCGUCAUGCUGCUUCUGGCGCCAUGCAGAUGUACUAAAAUUCAACCUCUAAUCUCUUUAUUUUUAACAUAAAUGUUGAUUUAACGGAUGUAUUAUGCG